AUGGAGUUCAAGCCGCCUACAUAUCAUCCUCUCAUGUCCGAGUCGAGAGACUUUGAGUCCUCGACGGAUGAUGGCCAGGAAAAUGCCUCCAAUGAUAGGCGUGUUCUCUUGCGGCAUCAAACCUUGCGCGGCUGGGGAAAGCAAAUACUGAGUCCGGUGGUCAUAACCCUCAUUGUACUCUGUCUUUUUGUGGGCGGAUUGAUUGUUGCUGUCCUGGUGAAAGUUCAUCCUACUGAUAACCAAUGCUCGCGGCAACUGUCAUCCUGGUCACCUGCGCUCGAUGCGGUUGAGUAUAUUGACUAUGACUUUGACGGCGCCUUCAAUGCUACUAGCAUAUACCGUGGGCCUCCGACCCAUGAAAGAGAAUCCGCCUGGUUCAAUCUGACGUACAAGCAUGCCGUCGAAAUCCCUCCUGAGAAGCUCAUUGCUCUAAACAAGUCUGAAGCGGAUCAUCUGCAACAUGUUCCGCCGGAGGUCGGCCCCGGAUAUAUUGGGCUUCUGGAAGUAUUCCAUCAGCUGCACUGUCUGAACAUUGUGCGCAUGUACACCUGGUGGCAGGCAGGUAAAUACGAGGAACCGCCUGAGGGCUUAGUGCGAAACGAGCUGAAGAACCGCAUUCAUGUGGACCACUGCAUCGAGUCGCUGAGAGUUGCGCUCAUGUGCCAAAGUGACGUUUCUCUGCUUUACGUCCAGAUUGGGGGUGCGGCCGGAAUUCGGGCAGACUUUGCCUCCCACCAUCGAUGUAGGGACUUCCGGAAGAUAGAGGAGUGGAUCGACGAGAAUUGGACCGUAGUAUGA